UAGGGUUUGCCCUUCAUCCUCAUUUCGUCGUUGCUGUUCGGCUUCGUUGCUUCGCAGGAGGUGUAGAGAUUGCACGAGUAGCUUCUUCGGCUCCGUCGUUCCUGUUCGACUUCGCUCCUUCGACGACUUUCCCUUCCUGUCGGAUCGGACGUUUCGUCAUUUUGAUCGGAAGCUACAACGGGAGCUCGCUGGCUCUGAAGUUAACUUUCUCCCUUUCGCGAGCUUCUUCGGCCAAAAUCCGUGAAUCCGCCGAACUAGAGGCUUUAGUAAAUCCGGGAUUUUUACGGCAAAAAGAGGAAACGGAGGAUUUAUUACGCCGUGAGAUUUACGGGGCGCUCAAAUCCCGUUUAGCAGGAUUUAUUUAAAUCCUGCUCAAAUCCUGUACAAAUCCUGUUGCCAAACAGCCCCUAUAAGGCAAAUUAAAGAGCUCCGCUUCUUCUCUACCGAUUGAAUUCCUUUGAAAUUGCAAUAAUUUUAUUUGAGCUUGGGAUGGCGAAGAAGAAGGAGAGGGCGGUUAAUGUCUCGGGUAAGCCAAAGCAUUCGCUUGACGUUAACCGCAGCAAUGGCGCAUCAGACAAAGGAACUAGGUCUGCUGGCACUGUCCGAAGGCUCAAGAUGUACAACACCCGCCCCAAGCGGGACUGUAAGGGAAAGAUCCUCAAGCAUGAGUUACAAUCGAAGGAUCUGCCAAACACACGCAUCGAGCCUGACCGCCGCUGGUUCGGUAACACUCGAGUUGUAAAUCAGAAGGAACUUGAAUUCUUUCGUGAGGAGCUUCAAAAUCGGUUAUCAAGCAAUUAUAAUGUCAUUUUAAAGGAGAGGAAGCUGCCACUUUCUCUUCUUAAUGAUCAUCAAAAGCAAGCAAAAGCUCAUCUUCUGGAUACAGAGCCUUUUGAGGAUGCUUUUGGACCCAAGAGGAAACGAAAACGUCCAAGGCUUUUAGCAGCUGACUAUGAAUCAUUGAUUAAGAAGGCUGAUGGAUCCCAAGAUGCCUUUGAGAAGAAAACUUCAGCCAUACCAUCUGGAGUAGAGAAUGAAGAGGAUGGUUUCAGAGACUUGGUGAGGCAUUCAAUGUUUGAGAAGGGUCAGAGUAAACGCAUUUGGGGUGAACUCUACAAAGUUGUUGAUUCUUCAGACGUAGUUGUCCAGGUGUUGGAUGCACGGGAUCCACUUGGCACAAGAUGUCGUCAUUUGGAGAAGCACCUGAAGGAGAAUUGCAAACACAAACACAUGGUUUUUUUGCUUAACAAGUGUGACUUGAUUCCUGCGUGGGCCACAAAAGGAUGGCUGCGGGCAUUGUCCAAGGAAUAUCCUACUUUGGCAUUCCAUGCAAGCAUAAACAAAUCUUUUGGAAAGGGAUCUCUUCUUUCAGUGCUGCGACAGUUUGCUCGGUUGAAGAGUGAUAAGCAGGCCAUUUCUGUUGGAUUUGUUGGCUAUCCUAAUGUUGGGAAGUCAUCCGUUAUCAACACAUUACGUACAAAGAAUGUUUGCAAAGUGGCUCCCAUUCCAGGAGAAACAAAAGUGUGGCAGUACAUUACACUUACUAAGAGGAUUUUUUUGAUCGAUUGUCCUGGAGUUGUAUAUCACAACAAAGACUCUGAAACUGAUAUUGUCCUGAAGGGUGUGGUUCGUGUUGAAAACUUGGAAGAUGCGUCAGAGCAUAUUGGGGAAGUUCUCCGGCGUGUUAAGAAGGAACAUCUGCAGCGAGCAUAUAAGAUAGAAAACUGGGUGAAUGAGGAAGACUUUCUUGUAAAGUUGUGCAAGCUGACAGGAAAGCUUUUUAAGGGAGGUGAACCUGAUCUGAAUACUGUUGCAAAGAUGGUUCUUCAUGAUUGGCAAAGAGGGAAGAUACCCUUCUUUGUGCCACCGCCACAACAAGAAGAGGAGGUCGAGGGCAAGUCCAAUGCAUCUGGUGCAGCUGAAGAACCCAUGAUAAGCACAGAUCGAACCGCAUCGGCCAUGAAAGCUAUCGCCGGGAUUAUUGCAUCCCAGCAGCAAAUGCACGUUCCCAGCCACAAAGAUCUCAUUGAUAGCGAUAAGGGAGGUGCUGAUGAUGGUGAUAAAGUAUCUGAGAAUGUGAGGCUGGAACAAUCUCCUGCUAAUUCUGCUGGAGCAACUGGACUUAACAACUAGUCCAUCUUUUGUCCUGUGAAAUCUGGGCUUGCUCUCCUAUCUGGUUCUGUAGAGUAUUGGAGCAGAAGAGAUCAAAAUAUGUUUUGAGGUCUGGAGAAUGUUUCUGCUGAUGUUUUUAGGUUGAAAAGAAGUUUUGUGAAGGAAAUUUUGUUAUAAUAAUGGUAUGUUAUUUAUUAUUGAAUCGAUCAAUUAGGGGAAGAUUUGAGGAGCGCUUGUUUUGGUGCAACUCUAUUAUGUUGUGGUGCUAUGCUUUAUUUAAAUAAAUUUUGCUAUUCUC